CAUCAGUAGUAUAAAAUCGUUGGUAUCAAAAAAGGACCGAGAGGGUGGGUGGGAUCGAUCUCACCUCUCUUUCCGGCGAUUCUCGAUCACCGCGACAUCGAAGCGCAGUUCGAUUCAAGAUCGACCCAUGGCGUCUUCGACCUGCGCCUUGGAGCUCCGAGCGGCGGGGUUGGCCGGUCAAUUUCCGGCGGUAAGGAAGCAACGAAAGGGUUCUUCUCUCUGCCUUCUUCUGGCAGGCACCAAGUCCCGGCGGCGUGAUUCUUUUCUGGAGAUAAGCAGAGGCACACGAGCCACCGUGAGGGCCGCCCAAGCUGUGGGGCACGACAGGACGACGGCGCUCCCCUUCUCCGCCGUUCCAACAGGACAACUAGCGCUGUCGGCUCCUGCAGCGGUGUACAUGAACAAGAUGGAAGAGGGGGGGAAGGUUGUCACCCCCGAGAUGCUGGAUCGGUGGAUGAGGGAAUCAAUCGGAGAGAUUGUGCGGAACAUCGGCAAGGCGCCCUUUCUCAUGCACAUCUUCUCCGACGGAGGCCGAGGGGGCGCCGCGCCGGCGCUGCGGCUGGAGAAGGAAGCGGCGUCGCCACAGAUCUGGCGGCAGAUCAAGAAGCGGUGGGACAAGGAGGGCCGCACGCCCGACGCCGUGAUCCUGGUGGAGGGGCUCGAAGAGGGAGAGAUGGAGGACGGCACUCGCGUUGAAGAGGCCGCGGUCGGCGUCGUCUGCCGCAGCGUCCCCCGGACGUGGGGCCUGGUGGUGCAGGGGCGGGGGAUGGACUGCGUCGCGUGCUACAUCCUCAACAUCACCCGGGUGAUGUCGUCGAUGGGCUUCUGCACCCACUUCUGCCUCGUCCGUGCCAAAUGCUUCGGCGAGCCGGCGGACGUGCAGCUCAGGAACGUUUGGUUGCAGGGGAGGUAGAUGGCGCGCCCACUCACGGGUGGUGAUCGCUGCAUCGGAGCCGCCAAAGACGAAGCCUGAUUUGCUUGUAUUAUUAUUAUUAUUUUUAUCAUUUCCCUAACAAAAUUCGGCAAGAAAUAUUAUUUUUACUCAUUGCUUUUA